AAUGGUAACAAAGGGAGGAUGGUGAAGCCUUCCUUUAUUCCAUAAUCCUGUUUGCUUUUCUGGAAAUCGGCUAUAGCCUCAGAAUCACUGACUCAAUUUUUGGAUCCCAUUCUCAUGACAAAGCGGCUGUCUGGUUUAAAACAAGCCCAUUAUAAAAAGGGCACCUCGGAUCCUGGCUGUUUGUAACAGCUGCUGACAUUCCUCCGGCACAGGGGAGCUUGGCUGGAACGGAAAAUGUCCAGAGCUGGAACCAAGGUCACCUUCUAUGAAGACAAGAACUUCCUGGGCCGUUACUACGAGUGUGACAGCGACUGCCCCGAUUUCCACACCUACCUGAGCCGCUGCAACUCCAUCCGUGUGGAUGGAGGCACCUGGGUGGCCUACGAGAGACCCAACUAUGCUGGGAACAUGUAUGUGCUGACCCACGGGGAGUAUCCCGACUAUCACCACUGGAUGGGCCUCAACGACCGCCUGGGCUCCUGCAAAUACAUCCAGAUCCCAAGUGGAGGCCGAGGCCACAUCCAGGUGUUCGAGAAGGGAGAUUUCGGCGGGCAGAUGUUCGAAGCCACCGAAGACUGCCCCUCCAUCAUGGAGGAGUGGCACAUGCGUGAGGUGCACGCCUGCAGGGUGCUGGAGGGCGUCUGGGUGUUCUACGAGCAUCCCAACUACCGGGGCCGGCAGUACGUGCUGCCCAAGGGGGAGUACCGCAAGCCCGUGGAGUGGGGAGCGGCCAGCCCCGCCGUCCAGUCCUUCCGCAGCAUCUCCGAGUGA